CUCAGCCUACAACACAACAGAAGUGGAUAGGAAAUCAGAAAAUUAGCUGAAUGCUUGAUAUUUGAACUAAAACAAACGGAAUACAGUGGGGGAUGCUAAAUUCUCCAGAAGCAGAUCAGUUUUUCCUCACAGGGAGAGAACAACGCCACAGCGCUGUGUAAAGACAGGACCUGUAAUUUCUAGAUUAAAGUAUUUAAUUUAAGCCUCCUCUCAUGAACUUUCUGGAAAUGACGGGUUACAUCAUCGGAUUUGAUCCUAUCAGCUCUGUCACACGCUGCCUUGUUUAUUAUCUGCGGGACGACUAAAUGCGCCCUUGUCCCGCUGCGUCAAACUGACAGAGUUAACCAGGAAAAGACCGGAAGCAGGAUUUUCUGUCUUCAGAAUAAUAGCGCAGUAUCAAGCAAUUAUCAUUGUGAAGCUGUCUAAAACUCCUGUAAACAACUGAAUCACUGACAUGUCCUCAAUAAAUAAACUUUAGACUAUGUCUUGUUCCUAAUUCUAUUCUCUAGGUUGUUGCUUUGUUGCGUACAGCUAAUUUCUCAGACACUGAUGCACCUAGUCUAAAGGCUAGAUGUUUAUUUUGCAUUUAACCAGCUGAGCAUAAGACCAGGCAAUAUGACCUGUUUUUGUGCAGUAACUUAACUAGCAGCUUUUUCUUAAUGCAGUAGUUAGCAGCCCCAAUGUGAGAACAUGCUAAAAGAUAACUGUGCAAUAUUUAAUUUAAAAAGACUUAUAUUGGUCUGCCUACCAACAUAUAACUUGCAUUUAGGUGAUAACUAUGUGAAUGGAUUGUAGUGUUGCCUUAAACAUUUCCCUUAGAACAUUAUACUGUUAUACAUUAUACUGCACUAAAAAUGGCAACACAAAUUCACUAUCAGGAUUUUAUUUUGAAACCGGAAGCUACAUUUUCACUUGACGGUGGUUUGACGCUGACCACAGCGUUUCGUUAAGCUGCUCACAGUGAUAAGUAACGGUCAGGUCAGAGGCAGUCGAAUCCUGUUCGUCAUUCUUCGGUGCAGACCGACGCUCAGUGGACGUGUCCCCGGAGAGCGGAGUCUCUUUCUUCAUAAACACCGCCUCUGUUUGUAGAUGCUCGCGCGGCUGUGAUAAAGCAGACAAGAUGAUGAUCUCCCCGUGGGACCGCUGGUACUCCACAAGCUGCUGUCUGUGCUGCCAUGUCCGUACAGGAACCAUCAUCCUGGGGGUCUGGUACAUGCUCAUCAAUGCGGUGGUGUUACUCAUCCUGCUCACAGCGCUCAGUGAUCCUGAGCAGUACCACCUGACCAGCGCUGAGUUGGCUAAUGACCUGGACGUCAUGGAUGAUGCCAACAUGUGCAUCGCCUCAGCGAUCUCUCUGCUGAUGAUUCUCAUAUGUGGGAUGGCAACAUAUGGUGCAUACAAGUUGCGUGCUGCCUGGAUCAUCCCAUUUUUCUGCUACCAAAUAUUUGACUUUGCUCUCAACACCCUGGUUGCUGUUAGCAUCGUGGUUUACCCAAACACAAUACAGGACUACUUGCAGCAACUGCCUGAGAACUUCCCCUACAAAGAGGAGAUUGCUGCUCUCAGUAAUGUGUGCUUGGUCCUCAUGGUGCUGCUCUUCAUUGGCUGUAUUCUCAGCUUCAAGGCUUACCUCAUAGCAUGUGUGUGGAACUGCUACAGAUAUGUGAGUGGCCGGGGUUCCUCUGAAAUCCUGCUCUAUGUUACGACCAAUGACACCACGGUGCUGUUACCUCCAUACGAUGAUAGUGUCAGUGUCCCACCCAAGCAGGCUCCUCCACCCUACAUCACUGCUACAGCAUGAAGACAUUCCCAGGGUGCCGCGUACUGGACCCUGCUGUUAAUUAAACCCCAGCAAAAUUUAUGCACCACACUGCCUCUCCAGUGUACAGUAUAUUCAUGAAUAUAUUGGAGCUACACACACAUUACAAUCACGCAUUACACUCACGCAUGCACUGACAUGUACAAAAUCACGUCGCACACAUAUGCACAUGCACACACCACUAUCACCACCGUGACCUCUCAUCCCUUCCUCUUAUUUAUUGAUGAUAUUCCUCCUAUAACUCUUCCAUGUAUCCUCUCUGUCUCUGUUAGUAUAAUUCCAGAAAUGACAUGCAUUUUUAUGCAUUUGAAUCUGGGUGAAGUAACAUAUGAAAGCACUAGAAAGUUUGAUAGAUGAUAGAUUACAUAUAUUUUUAUUAACUCUAUUUAUGCUCUGUGUGUGUCUGUGAUAGUAUUUUGUGAGUCCUAUCUUUGAUAUUCAUAUUUAACUUAUGCACAAAUGCAAAAAUGAUGUUAUUUCCCACAGUGAUGAGUGAGGAGUCAUCAUAUGUUUCCUGAAUGUCUUGUCUCUGCUCGUGAUCAGGGUUGAAUUGCCUUCAUUCAUAACUUUCUCUCUGAUGGGGUGCACUGUCUACACCCAUGUGUGAAGUGUCACCUUGACUGGAAGUUUUCCCAAAGAAUUGCACCUGCCUGUAUUUUGACAUGAUCAUAGAGCAACCUAGUGUAUACCGAACAUAUCACCUUCUUUUACCGUUUUAUUCAACCGCAGACAGAAAAGUCUUCUGUUAUAAAAAUCAGGAGUGUUGGGUUGUGCUGGUUGACCCUCUUAACUUUUAAAUGUAACUGUGUGUUUCUACUGAUUGACAAGAAAUGUCUUGAGCUGCUAUUUAUCUAUUUUGACAGCACAGAAGUAGCACUGAUCUGGAAUCAGUUUGCUCUUUGAAGUCACUAUGAAUGAGUUUCUCAAGGGAACCUUUUGCAAUGACUAUAGAUUGGGCUUCUCUACGUUUAGGAGCUCAGUAAAUAUGGACCCCGGUUGUGUUUUUGCAAUUAAGCCAAUAGGAGCCUCUGGUCUGUGUAAACACGUGAGUCUGUUCCACCAGAUGCAGUUAUAUUGGCAGGACUGCUCCCUGGACACAAAAUGUCCUGCAAGGACACAAACGUCAAAGCUAAGGACUUCUGCUGAAUGAAAAAUAAAGAUGUGACAUUUAUUUGUCUAUUAAAAUCUAAUUUCACCAA